AUGGCUGAUAACAAGGAAGACCUCGCUGCUCUCGGAGCUGGUAGCCUCUUUGGUGUCAAGGGCAUGGUUGCCGUAAUCACUGGUGGUGGCUCAGGAAUCGGCCUCAUGAUGGCCAAAGCCUUGGCUGCCAAUGGCGCCGAGAAAGCCUACAUCCUCGGUCGGCGCAAAGAGGUCCUGGAAGAAGCUGCGGCAUCUGUGGGACCCAGCAUCAUUCCCCUGGUUUGCGAUGUUAGUGACAAGAACAGCCUCAAAGAGGCAACCGCAGCCAUCGAGAAGGAAGCCGGCUUUGUCAAUCUACUCGUCUGCAAUGCUGGUGUCGGCGGACCACAGGUCAAAGCCCCCACCCCCGAGACGACAGCUGAGGAAUGGGCCGAGCAGCAUCUUGCCCAUGACAUGGCCGAUUACACACGAGUCUUUGACAUCAACGUCACCUCUGUGUGGUACACCGCGAUGGCUUUCGUGAAGCUGCUUGACCUUGGUAACAAGAAGGGGAACCUAUCACAAAGCUCCCAGGUCGUCUCGACGAGCUCCAUUGCCGCCUUUAAUAAGAUCGCUCCCGGUGGCUGGGCGUAUGGCCAAUCCAAGGCGGCCGCGACGUUGGUCAUCAAGCAACUGUCAAGUAACCUGCCCCGUUGGAACAUCAGAGCCAACUGUAUUGCUCCUGGAUUGUUCCCGAGCGAAAUGUCGGCCCCAAUUGCCAAGCUUUACGCCGAGGACGGCAGUGUCCCCAAGGAGAUGGUGCCUCUUCAAAGAAUGGGCGAUUUGCAAGACAUGGCAGGCGUCAUGUUGUACCUUGCUUCGAGAGCUGGUGCGUAUUGUAAUGGCGCGGUGAUAACCGUGGACGGAGGUAGACUUGGAAACUUCCCUACCACAUGGCACGCUUAG